AUGAGUUCUAAACUGUGGACUGAGGAGCAGUUCAACUGCCCCGUGUGUUUGGACCUUCCAAGAGAUCCAGUCACCAUCCCCUGUGGGCAUAGCUACUGCAUGGCCUGCAUCAAGGACUACUGGAGCAAAGACGACCCAAGCGGGAUCUAUAGCUGCCCCCAAUGCCGCCAAACCUUCUGCCCCAAGCCACCCCUGUCCAGGAACACCAUGCUGGCUGAAGCUGUGGAGCAGCUCCGCAAAGGGGCCAACAAGAGUGAAGUACGUGAGUCCAUGCGCAGUGCCCGUAGUGUCGCCUCCAAACCCAAACCCAGACUCUCCUCUUCAGCAGUGCUGUGCGACAUGUGCAAAGGAGAAGAGCGAGCGGCAGUCAAGAGCUGCCUGGUGUGUAUGAGUUCAUUCUGCCAAGCCCACCUGAAGCCCCACCAGACCAAGAAGAGCCUGAAGCAGCAUGAGCUCAUCGGACCCACGAGCAAUCUGGCCGAGAAGAUCUGCACCCAGCACAAGUACCUGCAGGAGUUCUACUGUCGCCAGUGUAAAAUAUUCGUCUGCUGGCUGUGCACCAGUGACAUGCACAAAGGCCAUGAAUGUGUGUCUACCAAGGCUGAGCGCAUGGAGAGACAGAAAGUGCUGUCAGAGAUGCAGACAGAGAAUCAGCAGAGGCUAAAGGAGAGGGAGCAGGAGCUGAAAGACCUGAAGAAGAUGAUGGAUGUGAUGCAGAAUUCCACACACAGGGUUCAUGACGACACGGAGCAGGCUCUGUCGGAGCUGCAGCGCUCAGUGGAGCGUCUGCAGGAUUUGGUGGAGGAGCUGCUGGAGCAAGCCAACCAGGAGAAGCUGAGCCAGGCUCAGGAGGUGUCUGACAGCCUGGAGGCCGAGAUCAAGGUGCUGAGGAAGAGGGACACCGAGAUGAAGGACCUGGCCCACUGCGAGGACCACAUCUACUACCUGCAGACUUGUGAUUCCAUGUGCAGCCCCUUGGAGUCUGGAGACCUUCCCGCUGUCGUGGUCAACCCAGAAGCUUCUUUUGAGCCCGUUAGAGACGUCAUCUUGGACCUCAGGGAGAAAAUCGAGGACAUGUGCAACCACGAGCUGGGAAAGAUCACCAAACAAGUAAAUGACACAACACUGUUUACUUUGGGAGACUCGAGGCGGUCAGGACAGAAAGGAGGGAUUUUAAAAUUGUUUUCCGGAUUAGGUUCCCGCAACACAAACAGCCGCUCUCCAGCUUCCAUACCAAGCAUCUCAGUUGGAUCAAGAAGCACAGACAGACGGGGACUUGGCAUAGGCCACAAAAGUCCAGACGUGAGGAGCAGAGACACACCGAGAGAUAGAGGAAACACAAACUCACCCAGACUUCGAGACAGACUGAGAAGAGACGACAGAGACACUGCGAGGGAGAGCAACCACAGACUCAGCCCCAGACCCAGCCCUACUCCCAGCCGCAGAGAGUCCCAGUCUCUCUGGAGCAGGUCCAGUCAGAGCCAGGCUUCCUCUCAUGCAGCGCCUGCACCUACUCCAACUCCAGUCCCUGCCGCCCCGACUCCUGCCCCAGCUCCAACACCAGCAGCUGCACCAGCAUCAACUGGAGGAUCAGGUUUCAGUCGAAUGGCGUCCAUCAGCAGUAUCUUCCGCUCUCAUCGGCGUGGCACCACCCCAGCUACACCAGUAGCUAACACCCCGUCUGCUGGAGGAAACCCAUGGGGGAUGGCCGCUGUGCCUGAAACACCAACAGUCGUCAACCCCAGUCUUUUCUUGGACACACCAACUCCUGACACCAUGAUCCAAACUCCUGCUUUUCCUGCAUUGAGAGAAAUCAACAUUGACAGCAUCCAGGCUCCCGAGCCGAGGGCCAGAGAGGAGUUCCUACAGUACUGUGUAAAUUUAACCCUUGAUCCAGACACGGCUCACAAACGUCUGGUUCUUUCUGAGGGCGACACUAAAGCCACCCUGCAGGGGGCAGCACAGCCUUACCUCGACAGCCCCAGGCGUUUUGACGGCUGGACCCAGGUGAUGUCCCCAAGCCCGCUGUACGGUCAGCGCUGUUACUGGGAGGUUGAAUGGAGGGGGCGGGGCUCCUCCAUAGGUGUGGCCUAUGGGGCGUUGAGCAGGAAGGGCUCAGAUGCAAGAUCAGGCCUCGGGUACAACGCCCAAUCCUGGACGCUGGAGCUGUCGGACACCUGCUGCUCAGCCAUGCACGACAACGAGAAGAGGGAUAUACCGGUCACCUACUCCCCCCGCCUCGGUAUCUACCUGGACCUGUCUGCAGGGACGCUGUCCUUCUACAGCGUGGCAGAGAGCAUGACGCACCUUCAUACAUUCUGUGCUAACUUCACCCAGCCGCUUUACGCUGCCUUCGGGGUCGGAAGUGGAGUCGGGGUGGGUCUGGAUUUUGCUCUUGGCCAGUUUAGCGCCAGUUCUGACAGCAUCAAGAUCUGCCCCAUGUAAAAACAUUAAUAAUACACAUUAGAGUAAUCAAGGUGAUCAAACCCAUUGGAGGCACAAUG